AAGUUUACGGGGAUUUCUCAAAUUUAUACAUUUGUGUAUCAAAUCUCCCUCCAUUUCUCUAGUUUGCAGUUUUCAUAUUAAUCAAGCUUCAACCUCUCCUCCCCAUGAAUCCUCUCCAAUGUCAACAUCCACCACCAAAAUCCUCACCCACCUCCAAACCCACCUCCACAACCCCUCCCUCUCCCUCCCCCACCUCUCCCAACUCCAAUCCCAUCUCCUCCGCCUCAACCUCCUCCACCACCCCCACCACCUCACUCUCUGCAACAACGCUCUCCGCUCCCUCAUCUCCCUCAGCCAACUCCACCCAUUGCUCCAACUCUACUCCCAAAUGCACAGCCUCAACCUCUCCCCAAACAACUUCACCUUCCCUUUCGUCCUCAAGGCCUGCGCACGUCUUCGUGAUGUAAAACUUGGUACUUUGAUUCAUACCCAUGUUUUGAAAUCUGGGUUUGAGUUGAAUAUCUUCGUGAAGACCAGCUUGGUGUGUUUUUAUGCGAAAUGUGAGGUUUUGGGUGAUGCCCGGAAACUGUUUGAUGAAAUGUGUGAGAGGAAUGUUGUUGUUUGGACUGGGAUGAUUAGUGGGUAUUUGGAGACUGGGAGAUAUCAAGAGGGAGUUAGUCUGUUUAGGAGGAUGUUGGAAGCGGGAAUGAUGCCCGAUAGUUUUACGAUUGUUAGGGUUCUAACUGCGUGUUCGCAGAACGGGGAUUUGAGGACGGGAGAGUGGAUUCGUGGGUUUGUGAUGGAGAAGGGGAUGGACAAUAAUAUGUUUGUUGAAACGGCGUUGGUGGACUUGUAUGUGAAGUGUGGGUGUAUGGAUGGAGCGAGAGGGGUUUUUGACGGAAUGAAGGAAAAGGAUGUCGUCACUUGGAGUGCGAUGAUUGGUGGAUAUGCAUUUAAUGGGCUUCCUCAAGAGGCAUUGGAGCUUUUCUUUCAGAUGGAGAGGGAAAAUUUGAUGCCUGAUUGUUUUACUAUGGUUGGAGUUUUAUCCGCUUGUGCUAGAUUAGGCGCUUUAGAGUUGGGCGACAGAGUAAGUAGAUUGAUGGAUAUGGGGGAAUUUCUAUCAAACCCAGUGUUGGGAACUGCCUUGAUUGAUAUGUAUUCGAAAUGUGGAAGCGCUGAGAGAGCUUGGGCUGUCUUUAAAGGGAUGAAGGAGAGUGAUGUCAUUGUUUGGAAUGCGAUGAUUAAUGGGCUCGUGAUGACUGGAUAUCAUAAGGUUUCUUUUGGGCUUUUUGCUCAGAUGGAGAAGUUGGGAGUCAAACCCGAGGGAAAUACUUUUGUUGGCCUCCUUUGUGGAUGUACUCAUGCUGGCUUAGUUGAAGAUGGGAGAAGAUAUUUUAAGAGCAUGUGUCGUAUCUAUGGCUUAAAUCCUCGAAUUGAGCACUAUGGUUGCAUGAUUGAUCUUCUGGCUCGAGCUGGAUUAUUGGAGGAGGCUCAUCAGUUGAUCAAAGAGAUGCCAAUGGAAGCUAAUGCUGUAGUCUGGGGAUCUCUGCUGGGGGGUUGCAAAUUGCAUCGAGAUGUUCAUUUAGCUGAGCAUGUCUUGGAGAGACUUAUCGAGUUGGAGCCCUGGAACUCUGGGAAUUAUGUUCAGUUGUCAAAUAUUUAUGCUGGAAAUGGGAAGUGGGACGAAUCUGCAAGAAUCAGACUAGUCAUGAAGGAGAAAGGGAUUGAGAAGACACCUGGCUCUAGUUGGAUUGAACUCAAGGGUGUUGUUCAUGAGUUCCGCGUGGGGGAUAAAUCACAUCCUUUGAGUGAACGAAUUUAUUCGAAGCUUGAUGAAUUAGGAAAAGAAUUGAAGGCAAUGGGUCACAUGCCAACGACAAGGGAGGUUUUAUUUGACAUAGAAGAGGAAGAGAAGGAACACUCUCUCGGGCACCACAGUGAGAAAUUGGCAAUCACAUUUGGUCUCAUUAGUACAGACUCAAAUGAAACAAUUCGGGUGGUGAAGAACCUUAGGGUUUGUAAUGAUUGCCAUGCAGCAAUAAAGCUCAUUUCUCUUUUUACCCAUCGGGAGAUAAUUGUCAGGGAUAACAAUCGGUUCCAUUGUUUCAGAGAGGGCUCAUGUUCGUGUAAUGAUUAUUGGUGAAUUAAC